AUGUCUGGCCGUGUAAGCGAUUCCAAUACGAAUUCUGGUGAUGAAUGUAAGCGGAGAUGUAAAGCUGCUGGUUACAGAUACGCUGGCACAGAGGUGUGUCGCUACAGAGACAGUUUAUAUUACUCAAAAGAAAUGGAGCUGGACUCGAGUACAGGUCUUGAAAUCAACAGUGCACUCAUCAAUGUGUUCAAGGAUGACUAUAUUGUAACGUCGAAAGAUGAAGCUUUAGUUCAUGCAGAUGUUAUUGCUGCACUCAGUGAGGAAGCAAAAUAUCUAGAGCAAAAGAUAACUUCGUGCCAGGAAACUAACCAAAGUGAAAAAGAAAUUGAAGAUGAAGAAGUUCACGUAAAAAAGAGAAGAUUUGAUUCGAUACUAAAAGAAUCCUUACAGGCAGUACUUUUGCCGCAAGAGUCUAAAGUAGAACGACUAGAGCCAGGUAUUUCUGGACAAGAAGUGCCAGCGAAGAAAAGAAGACUUGUAUCGACGAUAUACGGACAUUCGUAUGCAAUCAAUAUGCCUACAGAGUCUGACGCAGGACAAGAGCCGACUGCGUCCUAUCGAACUGAUCAUUCAGUUGAGGAUAUAGAGGACUACAAGACCCAACUUGAAAAGAUCAAGACACUUAUUUCAGUUCACAGAGAGAAAAUGGCUUACAUUGAUAGUAAAAUUGAUAUACAGAAGCGGUUAGUAAAACUUUACUGGGAGAAUUGUGUUAAGGUACCUGCCUUACCUAUACAACCAGAAGAGAAUCAAAAGGAUGUCGGCGACGUGUACGUUGAACCUUGGAUGACCAUUAUAGAGGAAGAUGAUCCGUCAAGAAAGACCAGUGAAGUGAAGGAGAGAGAAAUCUCGUCAUUUUUUGAAGUCUUCCAGGAAGGCGGUAAGCCUAUCAAAACGGUUUAUGUUCUUGGCGAAGCGGGCACAGGAAAAAGUACGUUUUGUAAAAGUUUGGUGCAUAAAUGGUGCAAAGUGCAUACAGAUGGGGGAUAUUACAUAGGUGAGGACAAACGAAUCAUAAAAAGGUUCGAAUUCUUGUUUUUUAUUUUACUCCGUCACCAUUUAGACAAGCAAACUAUUGAAAUGAUGCUAGACAGCCAAUUUCGUCAUCCUGUAUUACAGAAAAUACUGGAUAUUGAAUCAGAUAAAUGCCUUAUUUUACUUGAUGGCCUUGAUGAAUGGAUUCCAAAAUCGUUAUCUCAUUCACAGAUGGAAACAAAAGGAUUACCAGCUAGGGAUAACGCUAAGGACUACACCGUCGUUACAACAUCUAGGCCGUGGAAAAUUGGGUUACUUGGAAUGACAACAAAUCAAAUACACAAGAAAGUAAUGCUUCGGGGGAUUGACAGAAGUGCAACAAAGAUACUCAUAGAGAAAACAAUCAAACUGCUGAAUGCAACUUUUGAAGAGGACAGAAGUCCGGAAAAAUUUAUCAAAUACUUGAAAACGAGUCCUUUGUCAGACAUACGGCAUAUCCCCAUAUUAUUAGAGCAGUUGAUUUGCCUAUGGUAUGAAAACAAUGACUUAUCAAAAUCUUCCAGGUGUACUUUAUAUAAUGGUAUGCUAGAACUUCCGUUCAAAUGGUUUGAUCAGAGACAGCGCGAGAAACUUGAGUCUAAUCAUGGAUCAGAGAUAAAGGGUCGAUCAGAGACAAAGGAUCUUCUGUCUUUGCCAAGUCCACAUGAAUUAGAUAAAGAGAGAAUAUACCCUGAUUACAGGAAUACAAUAGAUAAUGCAUCAAAGUUAGCGUUUGAGUUACUGUUCAAACAACGACAAGAAAACACCCUUUCCUUUGACAUCCAAACUUGCAAACGUCUGCAAAUACCAUUGGAUGUCUUAAAGAUCUGUGUAAAUAUUGGAAUUCUCUCGGAAGAGAAAACUAUUGGUUUUACUUCUGGUGGACAAAAUGAGUCGUCGUUUUCUUUUGUUCAUAAAUCAAUCCAAGAAUUUCUUACAGCUGUACAUAUUGCAGCUAUUUUUAAAACAUAUUCGCUACCUGCGUCAGAGCGGGAGGAAACAAUGUCUUCACUACCCAUGCCAGAACAAGAGUAUUCGACGUCACUUAGUCAUAUAUCGGAACUUGAUGAUACAACAUGUCAACGUCCUGUAUCAGGGCAGGACAUAGCACCCCUACAUCCUGCGUCAGAGAUGCAAAAUAUAAUGAAUCAACAUCUAAGUUCAGAGCGAGAGGAUAUUACGUUUCAACACCCAGAUUUGCAGCUGGAGAUGAUAACAACUCCACAUAAUGUCUCAAAGAGAGAUAAUAUAACGUCUACGCAAACUGGUUCGGAGCGAGAGGAAAUAACGUGUUCACAUUCAGGUUCACAGCGGGAGUACCUAGCGUCUCCAAAUACUGGUUCAAUGAAAGAGAAUAAAACGUCUCCACAUUUAAGUUCUCUGAAGGAUGAUAUACCGUCUAUGUAUACUCGUUCGGAACGAGAUACAAUGUCUUCACAUCUUCGUUCGAAGACAGAAGAUAUGUCGGGGCGGGAAUAUACAGGGUGGUCAGAUGUUUGCGAAGACUUCAUACACAAGUAUUGUGCUCGAAUCAAAACCAUAGAAAACAUUUUAGAGAUGGCAAAUGUUUUCGUGUUUUUGUCAGGGCUACAGCCAAGACUUGCUACUUAUAUUUCGAAAUAUAUAUACAAUGCUGCUAAUCGAAGCACGCUUGUAGUUCAGCACAGAAAGACAUUAGAUGACUGUGCCUUUUUAUAUGACAUCCAAAGAUGUAUAUCCGGUUGUUGUGACGAAGCAAACUCAAAUGCAACAUGUUUUCGACAUGCUAUCUAUUUGGGAGAUUGUUUUCUUGAUGAUUCGGAAUCAGUUCUGCAAAGUCGACUGAAUAGUAAAACUGUACAGCAUGUUAUUCCUGACAGUAUUGCAUCUUUGUCUGUUUCAUUUUCUCGGGCUUGUGCGUUACAUGGAGGGAGUUCAAAAUGUGAUACCUGCAUAUUACUGACUCAUUUCUUAUCAUGUCGCCGACUGACAAAAUUAGCACUGAAUGAUAAAAGAUUGCAAACAGACGAUGGACAUAUACAGCUGGUUAAAGAAAUACUAGAGACGAAUUUACAAAGUUUACAGGCGGUUUCAGUGGACUAUAUCUUGGGAGUAAAGUUUUGCUUGAAAGGUAUGGAAUCAUUUAAACCUUUGAUAGCAUCUAUUCCAAAUGUGAAUCAACUGACCUCGUUAAGAGUGCACGGUAUCAACCUGCCACAUGAUCAGUGUGAUAUUCUUACAUCAUAUCUGGCAGACCAGGUUCGUUUACAAGAGUUAUCUCUCGAUAUAGUGUGUGAGGGUAAAGAUAACCACGAGAUCGAUAUGUCAACGCACAACACUCUUCAGUAUCUGGAAAUUGGAGACGGCUUUACAGUAAAGAAUGUUUACACAGAACAUGAUAUGACAGUGAAGUUUAAGAUUAAAUGGUCAGAUGAUUCGUCUAUCAACCGACUGUUUCUUAUUCUGGAAUCAGUCAAACUGAAAUAUGUCAGUUUAUGGGGAAACCGUGAUGAAUUUUCCAUAUCUCAAUUUGUCACGCAUAAACUGCGUUCACUCUUUGCAGUGUCGAACUAUCUCUGUGCUAUUGAACUUGACAGUCUUGAAAUAACUGACAAUGUCCUGACACUCCCAUUUCGAUUGGUCAGCCUCAAACGCAUUGACCUUUCUGUGGUCACUAUGACAAAUAAGACGUGGAUGGCAUUUAUUGACAGUCUUCAUAGCAUACCAAAUGUCGUUCAUGUGAAAGUGCUAGGUUUGGCCAUGUUUGGUGACGAUUUAGAGUGA